AACCAGCGAGGGCGGAUCGGGAGGCGCAGCUGCUCGCAUUUCGCUCACUUGUCAAUCGCCCUGGAGAAAAACAUGUGAUCUGAUGCCGGGAUAAGUGUUUGCGAGGCUAGAUCUACCUGCGGCCACGUGCAAUAGUACCGUCGUUCUGUGAUAUGUGGAGGAAGUGUGGUAGAAGUGGCGUGUGUGUAAGGAGCACAAACACAACAUGACUCAGUGGGACUCGACUGGGUUUUGGGGCGACCUCCUCCUCACUCCUCAUUUAGGCGAGGUCCUCAUGAAGGAGGCAGCUGUCAGUCGGCAGGCCCUGAGGAGAACUGAGCCAGCCAGGUCCCGUGUCUUGUAGCCUGAAGGACGCUGCAGGAGGCCCGGGGCAGUGAGAGGCAGAGAGGGAGAAGGGAGAAGGGAUAUGGUGAUUUAAAAGGUUGACAUUUAAGUGUGAGAAAGUUUCAAGGAAGAUCUUUAGAAUGCAGGCCAAGAAACGGUACUUGCUCUUGUUCAGCUGCUGUGCUUUCCUCUCCUUCGGCUACUUUGGCUACCACCACUUCAAAAGCCAGCGGCAGAAUAGGUGGUAUCAGCAGUUGUCUAGUUAUUCGGACGACACAGACAUCCUUCACGAUGAGGACAUUUACCCCAAUCGAAAGUACAGGAGUCGAAGGACUUCGGUCGACAGGGAUGGCUUUGUGUCCUUCAGAGAGUGCCGCAUGGAAAACUGUUUUGAUUUCUCGCGCUGCACCAAGGAUUUCAAAGUGUACGUUUACCCCAUAGACGAUAAUGUGCCGCCAAGCAGCAGCUACAUGAAAGUGCUCAAUAUUAUACAGGAUUCUAAUUAUCAUACGUCAGACCCUAGUCAGGCUUGUGUUUUUGUGCUGAGUCUCGACACCCUAGACCGUGACACACUGAGUAAAGACUAUGUGCGUAACAUGCUGCCAAGAAUACAGCGUUUACCUCUGUGGAACAAUGGCCAAAAUCACAUCAUAUUUAACCUAUACUCUGGUACGUGGCCUGACUACGCAGAAGACCUGGGUUUUGAUGUUGGUAAGGCCAUACUAGCGAAAGCCAGCAUCUCCAUUGAGAACUUCCGCCAGGGGUUUGACAUAUCCCUCCCUCUGUUCCACAAAACGCACCCCGAGCGUGGUGGGGAAGAGGGCUUCCUAGAUUCCAAUAAAUUCCCGGGGACCAAGAAGUAUCUUUUAGCAUUCAAGGGGAAGCGCUAUGUGUAUGGGAUAGGGAGCGAGACACGGAACAGUCUCUACCACUUACACAACGAACGUGACAUUGUGUUGGUGACCACGUGCAAGCAUGGCGAGAGCUGGAAGGACCACAAGGAUGACAGAUGUGAUCAUGACAACGCUGAAUAUGACAGAUAUGACUACGAGGUGCUCCUACGGAACUCGACCUUCUGCCUGGUGCCCCGCGGACGCCGCCUCGGCUCCUUCAGGUUCCUGGAGGUGCUGCAAGCCGGCUGUGUGCCCGUCCUGCUGGCCAAUGGCUGGGAGCUGCCCUUCAGCGAGGUCAUCGACUGGAGCCGGUCCGCCCUCUGGGCCGACGAAAGGCUCCUGCUGCAGGUCCCCGACAUGGUCCGCUCCAUCAACGCCUCCCAGAUCCUGCAGAUGAGGCAGCAGACGCAGCUCAUGUGGAACCAGUACUUCUCUUCCAUCCAGAAGAUCGUCUUUUCUACGCUAGAGAUAGUUGCAGAUAGGGUAAGGAGGCACAGGGCGAGGUCUCUGGCCGUGUGGAACUCCUCCCCGGGGGCUCUGGCUGUCAACCUCACCUUCUCAGACUACUUGCCGCAUUUCCCUUUCUACUUAACGUCGCUGGGCAUAAGUCCUAGUCCAAGGUACACGGCAGUCAUCUCAGUCACGCACGGGGGCACAGGUCUAACCCAGACCACACCUUUGUACAAACUGGUCAAGAAUAUUGCCCGCAGCAAGUUUGUGGAAAAGAUAAUUGUGGUGUGGACCAGUAGCCAGGCGCCCCCCACGGAGAACCGAAUACCUGGAGGAAGUGUCCCAGUGCACAUAGUGGUGCCCCCCGACCGCUCAAUCUCAGCCCGUCAUCAGCCUCAUCCACUCAUCACAACUGAUGCAGUUUUCUCACUGGAUGAGGAUGUUACGUUAACCACUGAUGAACUGGACUUUGCCUUUACCGUUUGGCGGACUUUCCCUGAGCGGAUUGUUGGCUAUCCUGCCCGAUCUCACCACUGGGAUGAUGCCAAGGCUGGCUGGAGCUACACCAGCAGAUGGACCAAUUCGUACUCAAUGGUGCUGACUGGAGCAGCGGUCUAUCACCGUUACUGGCAACACGUGUACACUCACCAGUCAGCAUCCGGUCUCCUCUCCACUGUAUCCACUACUAAGAAUUGUGAUGAUAUACUCAUGAAUUUCCUUGUGUCAGCUGUGAUCCGCCGCCCGCCCAUCAAGCUCACCCAGCGGAAGCAAUACAAGGACUAUUCCUCCGAAGCAAGAUGGGUGUGGACGGACCCCAGUCACUUCCACCAGCGCAGCGUCUGCCUGAACACAUUUGCUUCUUUAUUAGGUCAUAUUCCACUAAAACAUUCUAACUUACGCCUCGAUCCUGUACUCUUCAAGGACAAGGUAUCCAUGCAAAGGAAAAAAUACAGACAGAUUGAAAAAAUAGGAAGCUAACAAUAGUAGCUAAUUAGGGAAUACUCGGUAUUUAUAUUGUUAAUAUUGUGCAUUUCUUUUUUUACUUUUUUUCAAGUGUCACUUAUAAGAGGUCAUAAAAAAGGUGUCUAGUUAAAACAGUGUGACUAAACUUUUCAUUAUCAAUUUCCUUAGCUUUGCAUAGACUUUUAUGAUACUUUGUUACCAUUUAAUUUUUUUUAAUCAGUGUGAUAGCUAGGGGAAGUUGUUCAAUGCAAUGUUCAUGAGUUAGUGUUAAUGUUAGAAGUUAAAAGUAGAUUCAUGGACUGAGCUCUGGUGCCCCAGAAAAUAAUAUGCUCUUUAAAAGAGCUUUGAUCCAUUCAGUUUUGGAAUGUAUAUCUAUGAACUUGACUGCAAGUAAGGAUAGCAUAGGACAUAUCAAAUGUGUGAUAUGGGUGAAGCUUGUUAUUAUUUUAUACAUGUUAAUAUUUAGGUUUUCACAACAAUAAUUUGUCACAAAAUGAAUACUGUAAUCAUGCAAUGUAUCAUAUCAUUAUUAUAUUUGGCAAACUUUUAAGAAAAUAUUAUUGAAUUACUUCGUCUGAUUAAGCAGACCAGUCUAAUGUGAGUCAGUAGACAUUUGUCUAUUUUUAAUUUGUCUCAAUAUUUGGUGGAAUAGUCAUGUUUUAUGUAGAGGGAGUCACUCAUAUUUAAUGGUGCCAUUUUAUUUUAGCUGCAUUUGUUAUUAUUAAUAAAGAUUAGUCAUAGUGAUUUUUAAGUUUCAGUCAGAAAAUUGUGCUCGUUUAAUUUCUUGGUUCAUUAUUGCAUACAAGAAGGAGUUGGAGCAAAAUACAUUGUGGCUUAGUGGAGGAUACAUGGCAUUCCUCAUAUACAACUGGUGGCUUCCAGCGACCAUCUUCCAGACCAUACGUUUAAAGUAACCUGGCGUGCCUAUAUCUCACACUAAAGCGGACAGGUCAGAUGUGUCGUGCAGUGGUCUCUGCUCCAGUCUUUCUAAAAGUUCCUGUAAACUGGUAGAGUAGAUGAGCUGAGCCUUGGGGUAAUGGAUUCUUGAAGAUGAGUCGUGAUUGAACUCGAGAAAGCCAUGUGGUAGAGACUGUUAUUACUAUUAUCAUGAUCAUUAUUUAUGAUUAUUAUUAUUAUUAUUAUUAUUAUUAUUAUUAUUAUUAUUAAUACUUUUAUUAUUAUUAUUAUUAUUGUUAUUAGUGUUAUCAGUAUGUUU